AUGGCCAUAAGAAGAAAAGGAGAAGAAUUGGAAUAUCAUAUUUUACGAUUGACUGAUAUUGCUGAAGAGCCGCUGACACUUCUACCACCGAUCGAUGGGUAUGAACAUAUGUCAGUUGUUCCUUUGCAAGAAGCUGUCAAACCGCUCAUCUCCCUUCUGCCAGCUAUUCAAAAAUAUACUUAUGUGGCCAAGCAGAGGUGUGACGAACAAGCUGAUGGUUUAACACCAGAUGAAUCAGCUGCUAUCAUGCUUUAUUCAAUGGGAUGGGAACCACUUGAUCAAUGUUUGUAUGUUGCUUUGAAUGCAGUUCUACGCUCAGUAGAUAGGCGGCGUCUCAAGCCAUGA